AUGCAGAACAUUCCCUAUGCAUCUGCAGUAGGAAGUCUUAUGUAUGCACAGAAGACAAAGGAUUACACGCUCACAUACAAGAAGUUGGAUAGGCUUGAGAUCAUUGGGUAUUCCGACUCUGACUUUGCUGGAUGCUUGGAUAGUCGUAAGUUGACAUCUAGUUAUGUCUUCACUAUGGCUGGUGGUGCUAUUUCAUGGAGAAGUCCCAAGCAAUCCUUGGUUGCUUCAUCAACCAUGGAGGUAGAAUUCAUCGCAUGUUAUGAGGCAUCUAGUAAUGCUAUUUGGCUGCGCAAUUUCGUUGAAGGACUAUGA